UAUUCUAUGGCCACUCUAUAUACUCAUCUUCCUCGAAGCCCCUCACUCCCACUUCCCAAGUCCCAAACGAUUCAUUUGUUCCUUUGUGUUUGUACUUUCCCAGUUAAUACACCUAUAAAUAAUGGAUACCAAAGUGCUCUCUUCUGGAAUCCGCUACUCAAACGUGCCGGAGAGUUACAUCCGACCAGAAUCCGAGCGACCUCAUCUCUCCGAAGUCUCUGACUGUGAUGAUGUUCCUGUCAUCGACCUUGGUUCUCAAUACAGAACUCAGAUUGUUCAGCAAAUCGGUGAAGCUUGCAAGUCCUACGGCUUUUUCCAGAUAAUCAAUCAUGGGGUGUGUCUAGAAGCAGUGAGGGAAAUGGGUGAUGUGGCACGUGAAUUUUUCAACCUGCCGGUGGAGGAGAAGUUGAAGUUGUACUCUGAGGAUCCUACAAAAACAAUGAGACUAUCUACAAGUUUCAAUGUGAACAAAGAGGCUGUGCAUAAUUGGAGAGACUAUCUGAGGCUCCAUUGUUAUCCUUUGGACAAGUAUGUGCCUGAAUGGCCUUCGAAUCCUCCCUCAUUCAAGGAAAUUGUGACAAAUUACUGCAAAGAAGUUAGGGCAUUGGGGUUCCGAAUAGAGGAGUACAUAUCAGAGAGCUUGGGCCUAGAAAAAGAUUACAUAAAAAAUGUUUUUAGGGAACAAGGGCAGCACAUGGCAGUGAACUACUAUCCACCAUGCCCAGAACCAGAUCUUACUUUUGGAUUGCCAGGGCACACCGACCCAAAUGCACUCACUAUUCUGCUCCAAGAUUUGGAGGUUACUGGCCUUCAAGUUCUCAAAGAUGGCAAGUGGCUAGCUGUUAAUCCUCAGCCAGAUGCCUUUGUCAUUAACAUAGGUGACCAACUACAGGCUCUGAGCAAUGGAAUUUACAAGAGUGUCUGGCACCGUGCUGUGGUGAAUGUUGAGAAGCCAAGGCUUUCAGUGGCAUCAUUUCUGGUUCCAGCUGAUGAGGCCUUGAUAAGCCCUGCAAAACCACUCACAGAAGAUGGAUCUGGAGCCAUAUACAAAGGAUAUACCUACCCAGAAUAUUAUAAGAAGUUCUGGAGUAGGGACUUGGAGAAAGAUCACUGUUUGGAAUUUUUCAAAGUCAAGUAAACUUUAUGGCCUGAUUAUCAAGAAAUGAAAUAAGGAUGAUAUAGCAGGGAUGGUGUUUGGCAAAAUGAUUAUUAUGAUGUGUUGUCUUUCACUCUCCCUUCUUCCUACCCAAUCUUCACUCAUAUAAUAAUUGUCAAUUCCCUUUUGCUUUUGUUGUUUUGUUGUUAUUUGUUUAUUUGAAAUUAAAGUUGGUCGCAAAACUUUAUGUGAGACAAUAAUAAAUUUCUCAUGAAUUUAUAUAGCUGCAAGAAUCAUUGGCUUAUUCUUA